AACAGAGUAAGUUUGUCAAAAUAAAUAUAUAAAAUAGUUGCAGAGGGUUCCAAAUUCCAAUUACUAUUAAAUUUUCUUUGCUUAACCAUGACUUGACGGCAGCAGCGGUGAUCAUUUUGUGGAAGAGUCAAAGAAGGAGAAUUGGUUGGAGAAGCUGGACUCUUUCAAUACAAUGGGAAGUAAAGGAGGAGUGGGAGGAAGUUCAGCACAGAAAUAUAUAUGGGAAGGAGCAAUUCCUUUGCAGAUUCACCUUCAUGAAUCCGAAGUCACUACUCUUCCUCCUCCCGCGCCUGCCCUGAUUUUAGCGCCUCGAAUUGGGUACCUGCCUCUUUUAGCACCAAAAAUAAAGCCUUUCUUCAGUAGUUCACUUCCUCCAGGUGUAGAUACCAUAUGGUUUGAGUACAAUGGCUUGCCUCUCAAAUGGUAUAUACCUACUGGGGUACUCUUUGAUCUUCUUUGUGCAGAACCUGAACGGCCUUGGAAUCUAACUGUACAUUUUAGAGGCUAUCCUGGAAAUAUUUUAACACCCUGUGAAAGCGAAGAUAGUGUAAAAUGGAGCUUUAUCAAUUCAUUUAAAGAGGCAGCAUAUAUAAUCAAUGGGAACUGCAAAAAUGUAAUGAAUAUGUCCCAAUCUGAUCAAUUAGAACUCUGGCGCUCCAUUAUGGAUGGUAAUUUAGACACUUAUCUUCGAAUCUCGUCUAAGCUUAAACUUGUCAUAGUUGUGGACGACUUUUCAAUACAAUUGAACAUUUCCUCUCCUAAAUCACCGGAAAGCACUCAAAAUGCAGAUGGCACAACACCAGCUAAAACAGGUAGAAUACCGGUUCGAUUGUAUGUUAGAGCUAUCAAUGAAGAUUUUGACGAAUUAGAAGCAGCACCGGUUGUUGAAAGUUGGGACAAUAUCUCUUACAUUAACAGACCUGUUGAGAUCCAUGGAGAUGGCAAAUGCUUCACCUUGUAUGAUGCAGUAGUAAAACUUCUGCCCGAGCUUUUUGGGGAAAAACUUCCACCAAAAGAUGAUGUAUCUAAAGAAGAAGUUGAGGUUGGACAGAAAUUAUCUCCUGAAGAAACAAUUAAGAGCAGCACGGAACGAAGUGGGGAGAUGUUGAAUGAGCACAUUGUCUCCUGCUGUGUUUCAGAUGGUGCUGAGAUCAAGCUCCUACGCAUUCAGGGAAUUGAACCAAAGAUGGAGAUUCCUUUUGCAUGGGUGAUUUCCAAAAUAACAGCAAAUUUCAUUAUUUUCUAAAACGAUGGGAAGAGAGAGAUGCACCCUAUUGCUUUUGCUUACAACAUAAGUCAACGGGAAGGUUCAAACAGGUGUUUUUCUCUUUUGUCAUUUGUUUUACUUCAAUGUUGGCAAACUUUGAAAGUGGAUAGAACAAGCAAGAGCCAGAAAGAAAAGUACAACUGAGACGAUGAGAUGAAAAUUACAGAGUUUAAACAGCUAACAACAAUUAGCAAAUGGAAUAGUGGCUCUUUCAAAUGGUUGGUUUGGUGCAAUUUUGAAGCAUGUCACCUUUCCGUUGUCAGUAAUCAAUACGGGAAACCCAAUAUCUUGUUAUCCAAGAGCAUGUGGACAUUAAUGGAAGACCUUCGUUGAAUGCCAAAUAAAGUCAAUCAAUAGGUAGGAUAUUCUCAAACAUAUCUUGACAAAACUCUCUACAAUUGAAUUUGUUCCAAGUUAUCUCUAUAUAAAUAGGCUCAUAUAUGGUCUGGUAUCAUUUCUUUCCAUAAUUAGGCCUAGAUGGUAGCCUAAGUUAUCUUCCAUAGGUUGUGAAAUAGAUUGUCCCUUCC